ACAAACAUUUCACACACGUAAUUGCCAACAAAACAAAACCUCCUAAUGAUAAUAACCGUCACGCCCCCCACGUAAAACACCACUCUCUUAUAUGUACUUCUCUCCACAAUGUUACGACCAUUAGUUAUUGCAUUUGAGAGUGAGGAAUUAAGAUGAACACAAAUAUGGCAUCCCUUUUGAGCAUCCUCUGUGUUGCUUGGAUCGUUGUCUUGGCUGUGAUGGAUACCCCGGUUGAAGGUGCUAAGCAAUUCAAAGUGGGUUGGCAUGAACCUAAUCCCAACGACACUGCAUUUUAUAAUCAAUGGGCUGCAUGGAACAGGUUUCAAGUUGGUGACUCUUUGGUUUUUGAGUACCAGAAUGACACAGUUUUGAAUGUGGAGAAAUGGGAAUACUUUCAUUGUGACUCAAACGAUCCCAUCAAUACAUUUGAUGAUGGGAACAGCACAGUGAUUCUUGAUAGCCCUGGAGCAUUCUACUUCAUCAGUGGAACUGAAGAUCAUUGCCAGAAUGGACAAAAGUUGAUUGUAGAGGUGAUGUCUCCACACACAAUUCCAAACUCUCCACCACCUAUUUCAAUUCCACCACAAGGUUCCUCACCAUUGUCUCCUCCAACUUCUCAUAGCUCAGGGGUUUCUUCCUCCAUUAUGGCUCUUUUCACCACAUUUCUAGUACUUGUGCUGCUUUUAGCAUCUUGAACUUUAAUUUCUUCUUCUGGUCACAGUGCUUAACUAGUUUUUUUUUAAUUGCUUUUGGAGUCUAAUUUGUCUAGGUAUUAGCA